AUGUUCCUCCGCCCAUACCUAGCAACCGUCCGCUCUCAGACUCGACUCAUCCCACACACCAUCCACUUACGACCCUUCAGCUCUACAACUAUAUUCAAGAUGCGCGUCCCCUACGCCCCAAGCGAGCCCCCAAAUGAAGAAGCCCGCCCAGUCUACGAGCGCAUCGCCGAGCGACGAAAGCCGCGCCCCCUCAUCCCACUCGACCUUGCGCUCCUACAUAACCCCGCGGUAGCAGACGGCUGGAACUCAUUCAUCGGCGCAAUCCGCACGCAAACCAGCUUACCAGCCAACCUGAAAGAACUAGCGAUAAGCCGCAUCGCAGUGCUGAACCACGCAGUCCACGAGUGGGACGUGCAUGCCGCUCUAGCUUUGAAAGCAGGCGCGUCCAAAGAAGUACUUCAGACUAUCUUUGAUUUACCUGUUACAAAACAUGGGAUGGUGGAGAGGGAGGGGCUGUUGGGGUUCAGCAAGGAGGAAUACGCAGUUAUGGUUUAUACAGAUCAGAUGACUGUGGGUGUGCAGGUGGAAGAUAUGGUUGCGGAGAUGGUCAAGGGCGUGUUGGAGGAUACCAUGGUUGUGGAGUUGACGGCGACGGUUGCGGCGUAUAAUGCUCACCCCAAAGCCUUCACACCCCCGUCGCAAUCCGACCUCGACGAGCUCCGCGACUCCGUCCGCGACUUCGCCCAACGCGAGAUUCCCGAAGAUGUUGCCGCGCGCACCGAUAAACAGAAUGAGUUCCCCAACGAAAUGUGGCAGAAGUUCGGCGAAGCGGGUUUCCUAGGCAUAACCGCAGAUGAGGAGUUCGGCGGACUGGCAAUGGGCUACCAAGCCCACUGUGUUGUCAUGGAGGAGCUGUCGCGGGCCAGCGGAAGCAUAGGACUGAGUUACGCGGCACACAGCCAAUUGUGCGUGAACCAGUUGAUGUUGAACGGGAAUGCGGAGCAGAAGAAGAAGUACCUGCCUGGUUUGAUCAGUGGAGAGAAGAUUGGUGGGCUGGCUAUGAGCGAGCAUAGUGCGGGGAGUGAUGUUGUUAGCAUGAAGAGUACGGCGAAGGAGGUGGAUGGUGGAUAUCUGCUUAAUGGCACCAAGAUGUGGAUUACAAACGGCCCAGACGCACACGUAAUAGUCGUCUACGCCAAAACCGAACCCAACGCCGCCUCCAAGGGCAUCACAGCCUUCAUCCUCGAGACCUCUACCCCCGGCUUCAGCGUCGCGAACAAACUAGACAAACUGGGUAUGCGCGGCUCCAACACUGGCGAACUUGUCUUCGAGAACGUCUUCGUCCCCAAGGAAAACGUCCUCGGCGAGAUCAACCGCGGCGUCCGCGUGCUGAUGGAGGGCCUGGAUCUUGAGCGUCUGGUCCUCUCCGCGGGGCCGCUGGGUCUCAUGCAGGCGUCGCUUGAUAACGUCCUUCCCUAUACACACCAGCGGAAACAGUUCGGCAUGCCGAUUGCGCAUAACCAGCUUGUGCAGGGGAAGCUGGCGGACAUGUACACGAAAUACCGGGCUAGUCAGGCUUUCACAUACAGUGUUGCCCGCGCUGUGGAUGAGUCGCAUGCUAGUCCCGAUAUCAAGACACAGGACUGUGCAGGAGCGAUUCUGUAUGCGGCAGAGAGGGCGAGCGAGGUCGCAGCGGAUGCGGUGCAGUUGAUGGGCGGCAUGGGAUACAUGAACGAGGUUCCUGUUGGACGGAUACUCAGGGAUGCAAAGUUGUACGAGAUUGGCGCUGGAACGAGUGAGGUGAGGAGAAUGGUUAUUGGACGGGCGUUUAACAAGGAGUGGAAGCAGGAGAUAUAG